ACCAUCUCCAUCCUCCGUCGGCGGUGUAUUCUCCGCUCCGCCAUCCUCACAUGUCCAAUUCUCUACUGCUUCCCCUCCAUUUGCGGCCAAUACCUCAUUUCCCAUCCGCGCUCGUGCGCGUCGGAGACAAGAAUCCCCGCGCUGUACCUUUCUCAACUCUAAACCUUACUUCAACGUGCGCUUCCAGCGGCCGCCAGCCACUUCCUCCGAUCAUGUCUUCGGAACCUAUUUCUUCGUCGACUAAUUCUUAUCUGAAUCAACUCGACGACUUGGCUGAUUUUGAAAAGAUUCUCUCUCCCGACGGACGCAUCUCUAUCUGCGGCUUCGGUUCUCUCCUCUCCGAGAGGAGCGCUAAAAGUACUUUUCCGGAUUUGAUAAAUUUUGGAGUUGCGAGAUUGAAUGGAUUCCGGCGUGUAUUUGCACAUGUUACUCCGAUUUUCUUCGAGCGUGAAAUCGCUAAUCCUGAAACCAAGGAGAUUUCAAGCUUGAGUGUGGAGCCUUGUGAGGGAGAAACCCUCAUUGUCACUGUCUUUGAGAUUCAAAAGUCAGAGAUACCAGCUUUCAUGGAGAGAGAACUCGAGUACCGCUUUCUAGCUGUCCUGCCUGAAACGCUUCAUGGAGAACCCUUUGGCCAUCCUGCAGUGCUUUGUGCUCGGUAUAGUGAUGAAGAAUUUUUCCAAAUCAGAUGCAAAGGAAGCAAAGAAAUAUAUUUUCAGCACUAUGGACGAUACAACAUUGAUAAGAUUUGGCGAGAUGAUGUCUUACCAUGCCGUGUCUAUCUUAGGCACUGUGUGUUGGCAGCUAAGAACCUUGGUGAUGUUGCAUACAACAACUUUCUGGAUCACACUUACCUUGGAGAUCGUAAGACCACCAUCCCAACCGCCGGGCACUUCCUCCGAUCAUGCCCUCGAAACCUAUUUCUUCGUCGAAUAAUUCUUACCGGAAUCAACUCGAUGACUUGCCGAUUUCGAGAAGAUUCUCAUUCCAACGGAGGCAUCUCUCUUUGCGGCUUCGGUUCUCUCCUCUCCGGAGAUUUGACGCUUGAGUGUGGAGCCUUUCAGAUACCAGCUUUCAUGGAGAGAGAACUCGAGUUCCGCUUUCUAGCUCCUGAAACGCUUCAUGGAGAACCCUUUGGCCAUCUUGCAGUAUGUGCUUUUAUCAUUAUUAUUAAUGGGUUUUACUUUGAUCUCUUUCAGGUUUUGUUAUGGUCAUAGUUAGGGUUCUAACUUCUAAAGAUUUAUACCAUAUUGGGAUUUUCAUUGCUGGUGCUUUGUGCUCGGUAUAGUGAAAAAGAAUUUUUCCAAAUCAGAUGCAAAGGUAACUUUUAAUAAGAUUCUCAUUGGUAAUUGUGGAUGCCCAAGAUUACAAGGGAAAGGAUAAUGCUAGUUCUCGAUGUUGCUUCAUAUAUUUCCUAGAAGAAGGUAUGCUUAAUAAGAUACUACUAGAUUAAGGUUUCUUGAGCCAAUGAAGAACUGUGCCCCAUUACAGCUUUUAAACACGUAUUGAGCCAAAGUGCAAUGUUAUGAGACCUGAAAACGAUUUUCCUUGUCAUCUCGUGUUCAUUUCUUACAUGACGCAUGUAUCAUCAUAUCUCCUAGCACAUACCCAGCCACUUAAGAGGCAAAGAUCUUCACAAAGAAACAUAACAAUAUGAUAGAAAGAUUUAUCCUUGUCAGAUUCUCAUACCAAACUUCCUUACCAUUCCUGCUAGACAAGGGUUAUAGAUUUGGCGAUAAGAUGUCUGCUUAUGCCGUGUAUGUUCAUUUCAUACAAAACAUGUCAUCUUAAGACGGACCAAAACAUUUGUGAAACAUUGCCGAGUGAGAAUUGUUUUGUUCUGCUGGUUUAACUGAUUCAAUAAGAGAGAAAGCAGGUUCCCCAUCGCCGUAGCCCCUUACGAAUAAAGACACAGAUACAACCUUUCAUUACUGCUUGGUAGCCUCUGCCCAGAGGCAUAGGCUUCCAAAAAUUGACGAGCCGACACAGCCAAAGUAGAGCAGCACCAGCUCGUCCUCCUUGAUUGUGUUCCUCGGGCUCUGGCACGACCCGUCGUCACUUAUCGAUCAUUAACGAGUCAUCCACACCCCUGACAGGACGAGUGGUUUGGUGAUUAUACACACACCCUUUAUUUAUGAGCUCGUCUCAACCCUUUCCUUUAUCUGCUGCCGAUGUGGGAUUGAAACCUACUGUGCCCUAGAAUUGCCACCU